ACCAAUCAGCAGGCGUCGCGAGGCAUCGAGCUCUCGUGCUCUGUCUGCCAGCAGCAGCAGAAACGCUCCUCUUAUCAAAGACACGCGCAACUGGAGAACUCCAUUCACUCACAGCCUCGAACCAUGAGUCCUGCCUGCUUCUCCUGGGACGUCUGUUUGCUUUUCCUCCUCAUAAAUACUUUCGAUGUCAUGGGAAAUGCUGGAGUCGCAGAUGCAGAUGAAUGCUCUGAAGCCACAGACGACUGCCACAUUGAUGCUCUGUGCCAAAACACUCCAAAAUCCUUCAAGUGCAUCUGCAAGACUGGUUAUAAAGGAGAUGGCAAGCACUGUGAAGACAUGGACGAGUGUGAGAACGACUACAACGGUGGCUGCGUGCACGACUGCAUCAACAUCCCCGGGAACUACAGGUGCACGUGCUACGACGGGUUCAUGCUCGCAGACGAUGGGCACAACUGCCUCGAUGUGGACGAGUGUCAGGACAACAACGGCGGAUGUCAGCAGGUUUGCGUGAACACGAUGGGCAGUUACGAGUGCCAGUGCAAAGAGGGCUUCUUCCUGAGUGACAACCAGCACACCUGCAUCCACCGCUCUGAUGAUGGGAUGAACUGUAUGAACAAGGACCAUGGCUGUGCUCACAUCUGCAGAGAGACUCCCAAAGGCGGGGUGUCGUGUGAAUGCCGCCCAGGUUUUGAGCUUGCCGAAAAUCAGCGCGACUGCAAAUUGACAUGUAACUAUGGAAACGGAGGUUGCCAACACACGUGUGAGGACACAGACACAGGGCCCGUGUGUGGAUGUCAUCAAAAAUAUGCCCUGCACUCAGACAGCAAGACCUGCAUUGAGAAAGAUGAGGCUGCAAUUGAGAGCUCUGAAUUCAAUUCCACGUCAGUAGCUGAUGUAGACAAGCGGGUGAAACGUCGUCUACUUAUGGAGACCUGUGCAGUAAAUAACGGUGGUUGCGAUCGCACCUGUAAAGACACUGCCACCGGGGUGCGCUGCAGCUGUCCGGUGGGCUUUACCCUUCAACCCGACGGCAAAACCUGUAAAGACAUCGAUGAGUGUUUGGAGAAUAAUGGAGGUUGUGAUCAUUUCUGCCGAAACACAGUUGGGAGUUUCGAGUGCAGCUGUCAGAAAGGAUUCAAACUGCUCACCAAUGAGCGCACCUGUCAAGAUAUCGACGAGUGUUCCUUUGAGAGGACGUGCGAUCACAUUUGCAUCAACUAUCCGGGAAGCUUCGAGUGUGUGUGUCACAAAGGUUACAGUCUCUAUGGGUUUACACACUGCGGAGAUAUUGACGAGUGCAGUAUUAAUGAAGGGAGCUGUGAACACGGCUGUGUGAACACGCAGGGCAGCUACGAGUGUCUGUGUCCUCCUGGAAAAAAACUCCACUGGAACAAGAAAGACUGUGUCGAGGCGGUAAAAUGCCUUUCGAAUGGGAAGCCGGCACCUCGUGCGCAGCUCAGCUGUACCAAGACGGGAGGAGGGGAGGUGUGCGCCCUGUCCUGUCCGUCAAACGCCCUCUUCCUGGCAGACUCUGAGAACAGUUACACUUUGAGCUGCGGUGUACCUGUCCAACCAGGUAAACUUCCACCGAAGAAGAACAUCACUUCAACCAGCAGUAGCUCUCUUCAGACCUGCACAGAGAUGCUGGCUCAGCCCGUAAAGCAGAAAGCACGCUUUAAGAUCAAAGACGCCAAGUGCCACCUCAGACCCCGAAACAAAGAGAAACCCCGAGACAUGGGAAAGCAGGGCCUUCAGGCUGGUCAGUUCCCCUGCAACGAUGACUGUCAGGUGACUUUUGUAAAUCUGAAGUGCGACUCCUCCAAAAAGCGCCGGCGUGGCCGCAAGUCUCCUUCUAAAGAAGUCUCUCACAUCACCGCAGAGUUUGAGAUGGAAAUGAAAGAAGAGGAAGCAUCAGAAUCAUGCAACGUGGACUGUGUGCGUGAGAAGACCAAGCAGAGGCUGCAGAGCGCCAUGCGCACCUUGCGUAAAUCCAUCAGCAAGCAGCAGUUUUACAUUCAGUUCUCCGGUACGGCGUAUGAGGUGGCGCAGCGCACCGUGCGGCAGACGGACGAAAACGAGGCGUGCAGUAUAGGACAGGUUCUUACUGACGGAAAAUGCGUCAGCUGCGGUGUGGGAACGUUUUACAGCGGAGAACAGGAGCAGUGCGUGGUAUGUCCUCCAGGAACCUAUCAGGACCGAGAGGGCCAGCUGUCCUGUGAGCCCUGCCCCAGCACGGACGGCCAGGGGAUCGAAGGAGCCAAGAAUGUCUCCGAAUGUGGAGGUCAGUGUCCUGCUGGUCACUUCUCCACUGAUGGGUUCCGGCCAUGCCAGCCGUGCCAAUUGGGCACCUUUCAGCCUGAGCCCGGUCGUGUGCUGUGUUUCCCUUGUGGAGGAGGACUCAUGACCAAACAUACAGGCAGCACAUCCUUCAGAGACUGUGAAGCCAAAGUUCAUUGCGCUCCUGGACAUCAUUAUAACUCCACCACACACCGAUGUAUUCGGUGUCCAGCUGGCACUUACCAAUCUGAGUUCGGCCAGAACUACUGUAUCACCUGCCCUGGAAACACCACCACAGAUUUUGAUGGAGCCACCAACGUUUCCCACUGCAAAAACCAGCUGUGUGGAGGUGAACUUGGAGAUUUCAUGGGUUACAUUGAAUCUCCCAACUAUCCUGGGGACUAUCCAUCAAAUGUGGACUGUGUCUGGACCAUAAACCCUCCAAACAAGAGGCGCAUUCUCAUUGUGGUGCCCGAGAUCUUCCUCCCAAUUGAGGACGAGUGUGGAGACGUGCUUGUCAUGAGGAAGAGCGCCCUGCCCACAUCCAUUACAACUUAUGAGACAUGUCAGACAUACGAGCGACCGAUUGCCUUCACUUCCCGAUCCCGAAAGCUGUGGAUACAGUUUAAAUCUAAUGAGGGUAAUAGUGGAAAGGGAUUUCAGGUUCCAUAUGUCACCUAUGAUGAGGACUACCAACAACUCAUAGAGGACAUUGUUCGAGACGGACGACUUUAUGCCUCAGAAAACCACCAGGAGAUAUUAAAAGACAAGAAACUGAUUAAAGCUCUCUUUGAUGUUCUGGCUCACCCUCAUAACUACUUUAAAUACACCGUGCAGGAGUCAAAGGAGAUGUUUCCACGGUCCUUUAUUAAACUGCUACGCUCCAAAGUCUCCAGGUUUCUACGGCCGUACAAAUAGAACAAUUUUCCAUGAUCCCGACUUUAUCUCUUCCUCUGUUGUUCCUCUGUUUUCUCCACUAUCCUCCAGAAGGCCUCACUGCGGCAGGAUGAGGAAAGAGUUUGAUCCUGUCUCAAAAUUUCUAUUUGUUUUUCUACCAAAACUUUUUGUUUUGUUUUGUUUAAUAUUUAUGUGCUUUAUUUUUCAAAAAGCCCCUUUGGAUGUUUGAUAUACACAGUAUAUAUUUGUAUAUGUAUGUAUGUAUAUAUAUGUGUGUGUGUGUGUGCGCGUACAACGAUAUGGGAAGGCUUAUUAGGGCAUAUUAUGACACACUGUAAAAUAAAUGCAGCAUUUUUGUAACUUAACAUAUUUAGUUAAACAAUUAUAUCUAAAAGUUAGGUCAACUAGUCAAAACUUAAAAUAAUAGGUUGAAUUGACUUGCAAAACCAAGUUGUUUUAACUUCAUGCUGCAUUUUUUUUUACAGUAUACAGACACACACAGAUAUAUAUUGUUACUUUAAAAAGAUGAUUUCCACGCCCCUAGUGUGCAUUGGGGUUUUAAACUUAAAUUUCCUCUUAUGACCUGUUGGAAUAUGGAAAACGGCAAAAAAGACAAAGCCAGAAAAAAUUAAGAGAGAAAGACUACCUGUCAGUACGAGAGUUAGUUAUGUGUACGUUGUUUAACUAGUUUUUUGAGCUUCGAUUGCACUUGAAUUUUAUAUUGUAAACUUUAGAGAAAAUGGAAAUCUAAGUUACUUUUGUUGUAUAGAGAUGUUUUACCUUGGUUGUAGAAACAAGUGCUCCCGCAUGGAGCUUAUAUGAAAACUUAAAAAGCCAAAUAAAACGAAGAAUAAAUCCCUUAAAGGGAUAGUUUACCCAAAAAUGAAAAUUCUGUCAUCAUUUACUCACUUUCAUGUUGUUACAAACCUGUAUAAAUGUACUUGUUCUCAUGAAAAUAAAGAAAGAUAUUUUGAGGAAUGUUUGUAACCAAACCAUCAUGAACCCCAUUCACUUCCAUAGUAAUACUAUGGAAGUGAAUGGGGCUCAUCAUAUACGAUUUGUUUACAAAGAGUGAGUAAAUGAUGAAUUUUCAUUUUUGGGUGAACUAUCCCUUUAAAACAGAAAUGUCACGUCUCGUAAUAAUGAUCUGACUGUUCGUAAUAUUAAAAAGUAGUGUGUUGACGUUCCUUCUGCUUCCCUUUGUCAUGUCUAAAGUCAUUUGUUUCUUGUAAUGUAAUUGUAGUAUUGCUUUCAUGUUGUUAACCAUCCAUGUUGUUUAGUUACAAGGAAUGGCACGUUUCAAGUAAUGCAAAUGUGAUGAUUUUUGCUGGUUGUGCAGUCACUGCUGACAGUGAUGAAAAAGAGACAGAUUUUGGAAUUAGAGACAUAUUCUCUAUUAUAAUGACGUAUCACCUUUGUGCUGUGCACAAAGACACAUUUUUUGCAUAUUUGUUGUUGGACUGUGGAUGAAGAGUUGACUGUGUUUAUUGACAAGAACACACAAAAAGCACGUGAAUGUCGACCGGCUUUAAACCUCCCAAAUCAUUUCA